AUGUGUGAACUAAUUGUACACAACAUUCUGUCUUGUCAUCACAGCCUCCUAGAAGGUCAACACUCAGCCAAAUUUCCUUUGACUUCCAGCAGCGAUCCUCUUGGCUUCGGAGAAUCCGGCGAGAUCUGCUGUGAUAGAAUCAUCUCACCAAAUGACCGAAUUCUCGUUGAGUCUGUUGGGCUGCCCGAUUCGCUUCCCUUCCUCUCAUUCGCGAGCCUUCCUCCCUUGCCCAGUUCGAUUUCCUACUCAAAGUCGACGUACCCCUCGACGCCCGUGUCAAAGGCAUCAACCACCAUCGCUCCCUGCCCAGCAAAUGGUGUAACUGACCAGCGGGAAACAGGCUGCUUUGAUGAUGUCGCCCCAACAACGUCGUCAAUGGAACUACUUCACUAUCCAAGCUCUCCAAGUAGCUCACCUUCUCCUUGCAGCCUGGUGGUAACCACAGUCAGCCAACCUACCAGUCUCAGUUCCGGAAUGAGUAUCUCAGCACCCACUUCGUCAGUCGACCAGCUCUUCCAGAGCCAAGUGUCUAGAUCGCAAACCGCCUCGCUCCAAUUACCUUUGACUUCCUCAGACAAAACAUUUUCAAGACCAGCAAAUUGGUUGGCUGGACUUCGAGCCCUUUACAAUCAGCUACAUUUGGCCAUGACCCCAGGCUCGACCUCGGCCCCAGCCAAGCCAUUAAUUGGCUCUCCAGCACGAGCUCCAGAAGUCUGGAUGACUUCUACAGGCUCGCAUCCAACUAACUCAUUGGCGGAAUCCUUCUACAACGAGACAAAUGAUUUGCAAAAUACCUGCCCAAGUCCAGGCUCUCCGAUGAAUUGGCCUUCUGGAAGUACCAGAGACGCCCAUUUGGAGAGUCCGGAUAAGACAACAGUGACAUGGGCAAGUCGGCAUUCUAAUAUUCACCAGGACAAUCAGAAUGCCUCCGUAGGCACAGGACUUUCUUGCGAAGAGGCGCUAGUCCACUUGACGGAGCGUACACUUUAUCCGAUUCUUCAGGAGAAUGGCCAACGUCGCUACGGUCCCCCACCUGACUGGCUGAGCAGGCCACCACCACCGCGUGGCUGUGAAGUCUUCAUCGGAAAAAUUCCCAGAGGCUGUUUCGAGGACGAGCUUGUACCCAUCUUUGAGACGGCCGGACGAAUCUACAUGUUUCGAUUGAUGAUGGACUUUAGUGGCUGCAAUCGUGGCUAUGGUUUUUGUAUAUACACAAAUCGCGAAGACGCACGUCGAGCAGUCACUGAAUUGGACAACUAUGAGAUAAGACGUGGCAAAACCCUAGGCGUCUGUUUUAGUGUGGACAACUGUCGGCUCUUUGUGGGUGGGAUACCGAAAACUCGCACCAAAGAGGAGAUCAUGGUCGAGAUGACGAAAGUAACAGAAGGCGUAAAAGACGUUAUCGUCUACCCAAGCGUCACAGACAAGACAAAGAAUCGUGGAUUUGCAUUCGUCGAGUACGACAACCACAAGGCAGCUGCCAUGGCAAGAAGGAAGCUGAUUCCCGGGCGUAUACAUCUUUGGGGACACCAAAUUGCCGUUGACUGGGCUGAGCCAGAAAGAGAGGUCGACGAGGAUAUAAUGUCCAAGGUGAGAAAAGCGGGACACAUUAAAGUAAAUAUUUGUACGUUUGUCAUUUGA